UAGAUGGGAAGGGUGUUCGUGCAUGAUCGGAACAUUUCGAUAUCUUUCGGAUACUGCCGUUUAGUUUCGGAGCAGGCGUCGGCAACUUCGGGAGUGGGGGUCGUCAGUGGGUAGCUGUCGGCGAGAGGUGGCGGUGGUUUUGUAAGGUGAAGAAAAGAGGGGUUAAGUGAGCCGUGCCGGGCCGUAGAAUCGAGCUAGCGGUGGCGCGGCCCGUGCUCGUGCUAUAGGGCCUCUGCCAGGCAAUAGUGCAAUCGUUUACAAGAUGGCAGACGGUCCGUCCACGGAAGACGCGGCCACCGACCUAGGGGACAGUGAUUCUCGUUUAACGAGGGAGAGACACAAACGUCAGGACGCUUCGUCUUCGAUGACGUCCUUGAGCACGGGUCAGGAUAUCGCGAGACGCAUCCACGAAGACGCUUCGAUACUCGAGAAUCAUCCUCAUCAUUGGCAACAACAUCAAUAUCGUCCUCUCCGUCGUAAUUGUCAUACCAAUCCUCAUCUUUCUCGUCGGCAUUCUAGUAACGCUAAUAACAGUAACAACAACAACAACAACAACAACAACAAUAACAAUAACAACAACGACAACAAUAACAACGGUAAUAUCAACCAUAAUAAUCAUCAUCAUCACUAUCAUCGUCGCCACGAGCACGAGGAUGAAAAUUUUGAUGGCAGCGAGCGCAUUAGUAAGAAUGAAAAUGGUAGUAGUGGUUGUGUUAACACAAUGUGUGUUAUUCCGUUUACGUCACCGACCAGUGAAGAUUACGAGGAAGAAGAAGAAGAAGAAGAAGAAGAAGACGAUGACGACGACGACGACGACGACGAUGACGAUGACGACGAGGAUGACGAUGAAGAGGAUGAGGAGGAAGAGGAGGUAGAAAAUGGAGUGAAGAAGGGUAUAUCGAAAAAGUGUCGCAGCGGUGCUCGAAUCGAUGUCAUAAAGACAGGAAAAAAUGAAGAGAGCGAUAGCGAUAAUGGUAAUAGUAACGGUAACGGUAGUAGUAAUAAUAAUAGUGGUAACAGUGGUGAUGAGGGUGGCGCGGUGACCGGUCACGCGACGCGCGGUGACAAUGCCGGGUGCUUGGUCGGCGACGGUCGACGGUCGAGAUGUGCGGUCGUCGGUGCUUUUCUCAAUUCGAAUGCUCCAAAGGAGAAUGCGAGCAAAAUGAACGAGUGCCGUGUAAAUCCCGACAACGACGAUGAGGACGAGGACGGGGACGAGGACGAGCGCGCGUUAGAAAAAGCGAGCCGUCUCGGAUGCGAUAAGAGUAGCGAGCCCGAUAGAGAUGACGAGGACGCCGCACGAAAAACGACGGACGGCAUUGCUAGUGAUGGUAGUAGUGAUGGUGGUAGUAGUGGUAGUGGUGGUGGCGGUGGUGGUGGUGGUGGUGGUGGUGGUGGUGGUGGUGGUGAUGGUGGUGGUGGUGGUGCUGCUGCUGCUGCCGCUGCUGCUUCUGCUUCUGGCGGUGGUGCUGCUGGUGCCGCUGGUGUUACUGCAAAUGGCCUCGUUGCCGGCAGGCAUCAGGGUAGCCCUUUCAAGGGACAGGUUAGGACGGCCGAGGACACCCUCGUCGGCCCUUGCGGGAAGAAGCGGUGCGCCGAUCGAUACGAUAGCUCCGAGAGUUCUGACAGGUGAGUGAGCGAGAGAGUUUCUCUGGUCUUCGACGGACGCCUCGAGGAACGAGGCACGAGGCGGUAGGAAAAAAUGAA